AUGUCCGGGCCGGGGCCGGGCACCGCGCCAAUACAACCGCCCCCGCCGAGUCUAGCUGCGCUCCCGGUCGACACGAGCAAGACUGACCCAAAGCCCGCGUAUUACAAGCUCCAGUUUGGCGACGAGACAACCGGGUUCAGCUACUAUGUCCGCACGCUCAGUGUUGUCAUUGGGCGCAAUGUUGAACGACCACACGUGUCCCCCGCGCCGCCGCUCGCGAGCUUUGGUAUCGACUUCCCGUUUUGGGAGGGCAGCCUCGUGACGCCGCCCACGCCGGCGCUGGACGCUGCGGCCCUCGCCCUCGACCCGGACGCACUGGCUGUUGCCCAGGAGAGGGAAAGGGGAGCUGAAAUGGAGGUGAUAGAGGAGGUCAAGGAGGAGAUGAUGGACAUCGACAAAGCCGCGUUGUCCCCUCCUCCAGCGUCAGCAGCGACCCCAGCGCCUGCUUCUGCGUCUCCACCGGGCAUCGCGUCUGAGUCUCCAGCACCGGCUUCUGCGUCUCCAGCACAAGCCGCUGCUUCUCCAGUGCCAUCCGCAAAGGCUGCGUCUCCCGAUAACGCGCCUGUCGCGUACGCUUCCCCCUCUGCACCGGUCGCUUUAACAUCCCCCCUGGCCCAGGGCCCCUCCGACACUACCCCCGCACCCGCCGACACUACCCCCGUUCCAACCUCCUCCACUCCCGCUCCUGCACCUGCAUCCGCGUCUGCCACCCCCGCGCCUGAUGAGCCCACCUCAGCGCCUGUCUCUGCCGAGCUCACCCCCGCUCCUGCUGACCUAUCGGCCUCAGCUACGCCCGCACCCCCCAUUCCCCCCGCCUCCAGCCCUUCAGACCCAUCCCUCGGCCUCGACCUCUCGAUGGCCCUCCUCGACACGGACUUGCUCGACAUUAAGCCCGACUUUGGCGACCUGCUGAGCUUCGACGGAGUUGACGUCAUCCAGCCCCCGCCCCCACCGCCCUCGGCGCGCCCGGCGCCUGUGCUGCUCGAGCACGUCGACGUCGACCUCGGCCCGCUCAAGAGCGUGUCGCGCAAUCACGCCAAGAUCGAAUACAACAGCGAUUGCGGGCAGUUUUGCCUCGAGAUCCGCGGGCGGAACGGUGCUUGGGUCGACGACAGGUUCUUUGUCAAGGGGUCCAUCGUCCCGCUGAUACAGGGGUCCAUGAUCCAGAUCGCGACGCGCAUCUUCUCCUUUGUCCUCCCUCCCUCGCCAGAGAGCUCGCCGCCCGUUCAGGCUGUCUCGGACGCCUUGGAUAGCGGGUACCCGUACGACCAGUUGCCGUACCCUUACAACCUCCCGCCCGAGGAGGUGGGUUACGCCGAGUUCUACGGCGAGGCUGGACCUGGGCCUGCCACCGCGGCGGCUCUGGCCGCGCGCAUCCCGACGUUCAACGCGUUCACAGCGAGUGAUGGGUACGGCCUGAACGACUCUGGUCGUUAUGACGAUCAGGACUGGGUCGAUGAGUGGGAGUCGGGACAGUCGGAGAACAACGAGAGCAGCGACUCGGACGACGACGACGACGAUGACGACGAGGAGGAGGAGGAGUAUGUGCGUCCUAUCCCGAAGAUUCGCCUCCGAACACGCCGCGUUGUGAUCCCUGAGGAUGAUGAAGACGACGAGUCGUCCCUAUCUGAGUUGCCCAGCGAACCAGAGCCAGAACCAGAACCGGAGCCCGAGCCCGCACCCACACCGAAGAAGAAGAAGAAGAAAGAGGCCGUCAAGGCCGAGCCUGCGUCGCCACCGCAACAGCCGCAGAGGGCUGGCAAGGCGCCGAAGAAGGGCGCGAAGGGGGUCAAGGCGCCGAGCCUCGUGCUCAAACCGCCGGCGAAGAAGGGCAAGGCGGCCAAGGACGAGGCGAUGGAUAUUGACUCGCCAACGCCCGAGCCGGUACAGACGACGCCGAAGAAGAAGAAGAAGGACAAGGCGCCGAAGGAGUCGAAGAAGAAGGCGGUGGUGAUGGAGAAGCCUUCGGAUAAAGUGGAGAAGAUUGUGAAGGCCGAGGUGUCAGUGCCGAAGCCGGCACAGGUGGCACCCGUGGCCCCGCCUGCACAACCAGCACCACCCGCACGCGUCGGCCUUGCGCUACCCACUGUCAAGACCGAGCCGAAACCGGUCGUGCAGGCGCAACCUGCUGCGCCGACCCUCGCUGCCGCGAUGGCUCAACCGCCUCCCACACUCGCCGCAGCAGCACAGGCACCUCCUCAACCGGCAACACUAGCUGCAGCACAAGCGCAGGCUGUACGUCCGGCCGGAGCGCCUGGCGCUCCAAUCCCGGCUCCCGGUGCCCCUGGGGUGCGCCCACCACAACCAGCCAUGGUACGCCCGCCAGGGCCCGGUGUCCGCCCUCCUCCACACGGCCUUGCGCUUCCCACCGUCCGUCCUCCGCAACCGGGUGCCCCUGGCCAACCAGGGGUUCCUGGUACGAUGCAGGCGCGUCCUGGGAUGGUCGUCCGCCCUGGGAUGCCCGGCCAACCCAUCCCUGGGCAACACCCGGGAAUGGUGCGCCCGCCCGGAGCGCCUGGCGCUCUGCCUCCAGGAGUGCGCCCUCAGCCCGGCAUGAUGGUGCGACCUGGGAUGCCUGGCGCACCUGUGCGCCCGCCGAUGAGGCCACCACCAGGACGCGGCCAGCAGGUAAAUGCGCCCGUCGACACACCCAGGCCGUACUACAUCUCUGAGCUGAAUGACAAUCCCGCGCGACCGGGACACAUAUUGUGCUCGGUCCCGAUCCCGCCAUCGGGCGCAGGUCCACGCAACCCGCCGACCACGAUCCGUGGCCUGGACGGGCUACCGUUCAUCGGGCCAUCUCCGCUCAAGCCGACACUCACCUUCGCAUCAGUAAUCUACACCGCGCUCGUCAACUUACCUCGCGGACGAGGAACGCUGGGUGAGGUGUGCAACUGGGUCGCGGGCGAGUGGGAGUGGUUCCGCCUCAACCCCGAGGCCGGGUGGCAGAACUCGAUCCGCCACAACCUGUCACUAAACAAGGCUUUCCUUAAGGUUCCCCGAAUUCCUGAGGACGACCCGGAAAGCAAGGGCAGUGUGUGGAUUCUGGAUCCCGAGGAGGGUCCGCUCUUUGAGGAGAAGCAGCGGCGCGACGCAGCCAAGAACGAGGGCAAGGCCAAGAACGCCGAGGAGAAGCGCCUCCGCGAGCGCCUCAAGGCCGAGGAGCGUGCACGCAAGCAGCGUGAGAGAGAAAUCGCCGCCGCGCAGCAAGCACAGGUGGCGCGCGGCUUGCCUCCGGGAGCGAGACCGCGCCCGCCGAUGAGCGCGGCAAAGACACUCGGAAAGGAGCGCUUGCCCGUCAUCAUCCGACCACUCGACGCAGCCAUGCGUGCCAAGAGCAUCAUUGACAAGGUCGAUGCCAACGGCUUACCCCUCCCCUUCGUAUGCGAUGGCGCCCAGCUCAUCCUGGACCAGGCGACGUUCGGGCACCUAACCUCGGACAUUACGGACAAGCUAUUCAAACUGGGCGCCAAGGCGGCAGUAGACGUCCUCGCCAACUGGGUCAUGAACAAGCAGAAGAAACCUCAGCCAGCUGUACGCCCUCCCGCCCACGGCGCCGCUGGUGUCCCUGCCCGUCCUCCUCCCGCAGGUACAGCGGCAGGCUCCGCACCCACAGCAGCUCGUCCACCCGCCGCCGCCGCCACCGCCGCCGCCCGCCCUCCAGCGCCCGCGGCAGGAGCAGCCAAGAUCGGGCCCGCACCCCCUGGCGCAAACCUGACCCAAGUCAUCUCCAUGAUCGCAAAGGUCGCCAACGCGCGUGGUGACGUAAACGCCGUCGGACCAAACGCCGCCGCAUUGUUGCGAUACAUCCGCGUCGUCGGCGUACAGAUCGACGUACCGCUCGCCACGCGCAUCUGGCAGACGGGCAUCGUCCCCCCCUUGCCGGCCAAGAAGGUUAACGGUAAGCCUGGUGCACCUCCGGUAAGGCCUGGCGGGCCGGCUGGUGUCAGGCCUCCAGCGGCAGCUGGGACAGCCGUACGUCCUCCCGCACCGGGGGCGGCACCAGGGGUACAUGCUCCUGCUCCGGCUGGAGCCGCAGCGCUGGGAGUGCGUCCCCCUGCACCAGCAGGGACGACUGGAGCCGUUAGGCCACCGAACGGCGUGCCUAAUGGUGUUGCGCGUCCGCCCGCGCCUGCAACUCAGGCUGGCGCGGUGUCCCAGGCGGCAGUCACUCAACCCCAGGCCGCCGCGCCGACUCGUGUGGCGCAGCCUGUCCAACAGUCGCCAACCGUCGCACGACCUCCAGCCCAGCCGCCCCAACCCACGGCAGUGUCGGUGCCAACCCCUGCCCCGCCCCAGCCCGCGCCAGCUACAGCUACAGCGCCGCCCACCCCAACUCUCGCCCCACCCCAGACCCCAGCCAACCCCGGGAUUAAGCGCGCGUUCGAGCAGGGCCCCGGCCAACCCGCCCCUGUCCCUCCGACGGCCAACGGCACUCCGGCCGUCGCAGCCGCAAUAGAGGACCCCAGUGCCAAGAAGCCGCGCCUUGACGUCGCUCCGGCAGCUUGA